CAGAGGCAACAACCUUCUGCCUGUUUCGUACAUUUGGUGUCAAAGUUCAGCGCAAACCACCCGCAAUGCAAAACACGGGGAAACUAGCCGGCCUAACGCUUUUCAUUACCGGUGCAUCUCGCGGCAUCGGCAAAGCGAUCGCUCUGAAGGCUGCCCGUGAUGGAGCCAAUAUUGUGCUGGCGGCGAAAACGGCGGAGCCUCAUCCGAAGCUAGCGGGAACCAUCUACACCGCAGCGGCCGAAAUCGAAGCCGCCGGUGGAAAAGCCCUGCCAUGCGUUGUCGAUGUGCGCAGCGAGGAAGCAGUGCGGGCGGCGGUGCAAAAAGCGGUCGAAACCUUUGGCGGUAUCGACAUAUUGGUCAACAACGCCAGCGCUAUUUCGCUGACCUCGACGGAGCAAACGGACAUGAAACGCUACGAUCUGAUGCAUCAAAUCAACACCCGAGGUACCUUCCUGGUCUCGAAGGAGUGCCUUCCGUAUCUGCGCAAAAGCAAGCAUGCACACAUACUGAACAUUUCGCCACCGCUCAGCAUGGAACCGCACUGGUUCAGCAAUCACGUGGCUUACACGAUGGCCAAAUACGGUAUGUCCAUGUGCGUCCUGGGCAUGGCAAGGGAGUACGCGGAGGCCAACAUUUCCGUCAAUGCGUUGUGGCCCCGAACGAUCAUCUAUACGGCUGCCGUUGAGAUGCUGCACGGCAAGGACUCGUUCGAGUAUUCAAGAAAGCCGGACAUAAUGGCCGACGCCGCUUACGCCAUCCUUUGCCGGCAGCCCGGAACGAGGACGGGCAACUUUUACAUCGACGACGAACUGUUGGCCCAGGAGGGAGUUACGGAUUUUAAACAGUACGCCUGCGUUCCGGGAAAUGACCAAGAGUUAACGCAAGAUAUAUACGUGAGCGCGAUAUUGACUAAGGCUAAGCUGUAG